AUGGAAGAAAUGGAAGAGGAGCUCAAGUGCCCGGUGUGUGGCUCUUUUUAUCGCGAGCCGAUCAUCUUGCCGUGUUCCCACAAUAUUUGCCUGGCCUGCGCUCGGAACAUCUUGGUGCAGACGCCGGAUGCUGAGUCUCCGCAGGGCGGCCGCGCCUCCGGCUCAGCACCGUCCGAUUAUGACUACCUGGACCUGGAUAAGAUGAGCCUGUACAGUGAGUCGGACAGCGGCUACGGUUCUUACGGCGGCUUCGCGAGCGCACCCACCACCCCUUGCCAGAAGUCGCCGAAUGGAGUGCGCGUGUUUCCUCCCGCUGCUGUUCCUCCGCCGCAACCUCAGCACCAGCUGCUCCCGCAGUCCAUGGGCACACCGCCGAUCCCGCGCAACGCCUGUCUGACGUGCCCGCAAUGCCACCGCAGUCUGACCCUGGACGAGCGUGGCCUGCGCGGCUUCCCCAAAAACCGGGUGCUCGAGGCUGUUGUGGACCGGUACCAACAGAGCAAGGCGGCAGCUCUGCGCUGCCAGCUAUGUGAGAAAAGCCCGAGGGAAGCCACAGCUAUGUGCGAGCAGUGCGACGUGUUUUACUGUGACCCGUGCCGCCUGCGCUGCCACCCGCCGCGGGGUCCACUCGCCAAACACCGCCUCGUACCUCCCGCACAGGGGCGCAUCAGCCGGCGCGCCAGCCCGCGCAAAACCUCCACCUGCACCGAGCAUGAACUGGAGAACCUCAGCAUGUACUGUGUGCAGUGCAAGACACCUGUGUGCUACCAGUGCCUCGAAGAAGGCAAGCAUUCUGCGCAUGAGGUCAAAGCGCUGGGGGCCAUGUGGAAGCUGCACAAGGGUCAGCUCUCUCAGGCACUGAACAUCCUGUCUGAUCGAGCCACUGAGGCCAAAGAGUUUCUUGUUCAGCUCAGAAACAUGGUGCAGCACAUACAGGAGAAUGGAGUUGAAUUUGAAGCAUGUUUGGUGGCCCAGUGUGAUGCACUGAUUGAUGCUCUGAACCGCCGGAAAGCUCAGUUACUGGCCAGAGUGACCAAAGAGCAUGAGCACAAACUCAUGGUGGUACGUGAUCAGAUCUCUCACUGUACUGUGAAGUUGCGUCAGACGACGGGAUUGAUGGAAUAUUGUCUUGAGGUCAUCAAAGAAAAUGAUCCCAGUGGCUUCCUGCAGAUCUCUGAUGCACUGAUUCGUAGGGUGCAUAUGACUGAGAGUCAGUGGGGUAAGGGCACACUCACGCCACGUAUGACCAGCGAUUUUGACCUGACGUUGGACAGCAGCCCAUUACUACAAACCAUCCACCAGCUUGACUUCGUACAGAUGAAGGUACCUGCAGCACCAAUCCUGCAGCUGGAGGAGUGUUGUAGUCAGACCAACAGUGCUACUCUGUCAUGGAAACAGCCUCCUCUCUCCACCAUCACUGUGGAUGGCUAUAUACUGGAGCUGGAUGAUGGCAACGGAGGGCAGUUUAGAGAAGUGUAUGUUGGCCCAGAGACAAUCUGCACAGUGGACGGACUUCACUUCAACAGCACAUAUAAAUCUCGUGUUAAAGCCUUUAACUCCAGUGGAGUGGGGCAGUACAGCAAAACACUCGUCAUGCAGACCUCUGAGACUGGACUUGCCUCAUGUGAUAUUAACGCUCUAGCUACAGUUGCCUGGUUUACCUUUGACCCUGCGUCAGCCCAUCCAGACAUCAUACUGUCUAAUGACAACCUCACAGUCACCUGUAAUAGUUACGAUGAUCGUGUCGUCAUGGGCAACACACCUUUCUCCCGUGGUGUGCACUACUGGGAAAUGACUGUAGAUCGCUAUGACAACCAUCCGGACCCUGCAUUUGGGAUUGCCCGGGGUGACGUGCUAAAAGAUGUAAUGUUGGGAAAGGAUGAUAAAGCCUGGGCCAUGUAUGUGGACAACAACCGCUCCUGGUUCAUGCACAACAACUCCCAUACCAACAGAACGGAUGGAGGGAUUGGUAAGGGAGCGACAGUUGGUGUUUUGUUGGAUUUCACCCGGGGGAUUCUGUUGUUUCUUAUCAAUGAUGAGCAACAAGGUCCUGUGGCUUUCGACUCAUUGGAAGGUCUUUACUACCCUGCUAUCAGCCUCAACCGCAAUGUUCAGGUGACUCUUCACACUGGACUGCCCAUUCCAGAUUUCUACACACUUGGUGAGACAGACCCUUCAGGAUCCGUCUGCUGAAGACCAACA